UCAAUGCAAAUAGCUGUGGAAGGUGGCAUAAAAGUAACAGUUAAGAACUCGUACAACCCUCAAGCACGUGGUACUGUGAUUACUAAAACAAGAGAUAUGAGCAAGAGUAUAUUAACCAGCAUUGCGUUGAAAUCAAAUAUUACCAUCCUGGACAUAGAGAGGACAAGUACGUUGGACUUGGACCAGAAUGCUUUUGUAGAAAAGGCCAUCUCAAUUUUUCAAAAUUUUGAAUACUUGAGCAUCUCAGUUGAUUGGAUAGCUACGAGUGAAGGCAAGGUGUCGUUUACAUUAGUUCCAUCAAAACUGUUGAGUCGAGAGCUGAUCCAACCGGCUCUUGAUAUGUCAGUUCAAGAGCUUCAAACUAUUGCAGAUGUUCACCGACUACAUGACAUGUCAGUCAUAUCCCUAAUUGGGAAACCGGGGAGGUCGAUAGACAUUCUUGGAAAGGUGCUAAGUAUUCUACAAAGCAGGGAUGUUGCAGUCGAGAAGGUCUCACAAGGGGUGUCCAAGGUGACGAAGGUUUCCUUGGUGGUCCAUGACACUGUGGCAAACCAUUGUGUGCAAGCCCUCCAUUCGGCAUUCUUUGAGCUUAACGACGACACCCGAGCCCUAGUAAACUCAUCCAGCUCUGGCAACAAGAGGAAGGCGGAUGCUGACCACCUUGAGGCUCCACUGGGCGUGCAUCGGGAAAAGAUGGUCACGGAACGCGUGGUUCUCGAAAAUUUGGAGCGCACAUUGUUGUCGGACAAGGACGGGGAUCCAACCGAGUUCUUUGACAGUGUGUCUAGCGACAACAUAGGAGUGUACUACAACGAUGAUCAGGCCUUGACCGCCGAUGUACUUGAAUUUGAUGACUACUUCGGAUUUGAGGAUAUGUGAUUGGGUGGACUUCCACCAACUUUCUUUCCAAGUGCAAGUGGAGGCGAUUUCAGAGGGUGUCCUUGCAAGUAUUCCUGGUCAUCUCUACUUAUUGAAUGUUGGUGACUCUGGGGAUCUAUAUCAAUUUGGUGGCUACAAGUGAAGGCAAGAUGUCGUUUCCACCAUCAAAACUGUUGAGUCAGGAAUUGAUCCAACCAAUAAAGACCUUCAAAAUCUGAGACAUUCGGUUGUUCUCAUGAUGCAACAGGGCCUUGACAAGGUGGUUAAAGACCUUCAAAAUAAUGGAGAUGUUUGCUCACUACAGGACAUAUCAAUCAUCUCAUUUGGUGAAUGGCCUGAUCGUAGGUCGGUGAACCACGAACAAAGAUCAAGAUUACCAUUGAAGAAAUUCUUCAAUCGAGUACCCUUAUCUCUCAAUUCCCCACUCCUAGGUCCCUUGUCCUAAGAACAUCUUUAAUAGCUGAUAUAAAAGGUACACCCCCCCUAAACAUAAGGACGACUCAGAUUAGCCGAUACCUCUUCAUAAGUAAGGGCACGAUACUCAUAUUUUAUAAACUUUUUAC